AUCCCUAGUUUGAACAGACAAAAAUCAAAUCACCAAAAAUGCAAAUGGCCGCUGAAUAAAAUAAUGCGUUUUCAUUAAUGGAGUAAUUUUUGCUUAUAGAUCAAAUGUACUCCAAUAAUUGUGUCAGUUUUGUAAUUAAGUAGUUCAUAAGAGACAAAAGAAGCCGCAGCCAUGUCGCUGCCGCCAUACCUCCUGGGGCCCAACCCCUGGGCUACCAUGAUGGCGCAGCAGCAGCUGGCAGCGGCACAGCAAGCAGCGAUGCAGGCGCACGCAGCUGCUUCCGCUGCAGCGCCGCCCUUAGCACCAGUGCAGCCUCCUAAACCACAUCAUAUUUCAGAAGAGAAAAUAAAGGAUAAAGCUCAAAAAUGGCUCCAACUGCAGUCAAAGCGUUUCGCCGAGAAGCGAAAAUUUGGUUUCGUCGAUGCCCAGAAAGAAGACAUGCCACCAGAACACAUCCGCAAAAUCAUCCGCGAUCACGGCGACAUGACCAGCCGGAAAUACAGACAUGACAAACGAGUAUAUCUCGGAGCACUGAAAUACAUGCCGCACGCUGUCAUGAAGCUCCUGGAAAACAUGCCAAUGCCCUGGGAACAGAUUAGGGAUGUACAAGUCCUGUACCAUAUAACUGGUGCUAUAACGUUUGUGAACGAAAUCCCCUGGGUCAUAGAACCAGUGUACAUAGCCCAGUGGGGUACAAUGUGGAUCAUGAUGCGAAGGGAGAAGCGUGAUCGACGUCAUUUCAAACGUAUGCGAUUCCCACCGUUUGAUGAUGAGGAACCACCAUUGGACUAUGCAGAUAACAUUUUAGACGUUGAGCCCUUAGAGCCUAUACAGAUUGAAUUGGACCCAGAGGAAGAUGGGGCAGUUGCAUCAUGGUUCUAUGACCACAAACCUCUAGUAGACACAAGACAUGUCAAUGGAUCUACAUACAGAAAAUGGAAUUUGACAUUACCACAAAUGGCAACUUUAUAUCGACUUGCAAAUCAAUUGCUCACUGAUCUAGUUGACGAUAACUAUUUCUAUUUAUUUGAUUCAAAGAGUUUCUUCACUGCAAAAGCUUUGAAUAUGGCUAUACCUGGGGGACCAAAAUUUGAACCACUUGUAAAGGAUAAUUCAGCUGGGGACGAAGAUUGGAAUGAGUUUAACGACAUCAAUAAGAUUAUAAUUCGUCAGCCAAUAAGGACAGAGUACAGAAUUGCAUUCCCAUAUCUCUACAAUAACCUGCCACAUUUUGUUCAAUUGUCUUGGUAUCACACUCCAAAUGUGGUGUAUAUCAAAACAGAAGACCCUGACUUACCAGCUUUCUACUUUGACCCUCUUAUCAAUCCGAUAUCCCAUAGACACACAGUGAAAUCUCUAGACCCAGUACCUGAGGAGGAAGAUUUUCUGCUACCAGAGGAAGUGUCUCCAUUUUUACAAGAGACUGCUCUAUACACAGACAAUACUGCCAAUGGUAUUUCACUGCUGUGGGCUCCGAGGCCAUUUAACAUGAGAUCAGGUCGCGCCCGUCGUGCUAUCGACGUGCCGUUAGUGAAGACGUGGUACAAAGAGCACUGCCCGCCCGGCCAGCCCGUCAAGGUGCGCGUGUCGUACCAGAAGCUGCUCAAAUACUAUGUGCUCAAUGCCCUGAAGCAUAGACCACCAAAACCACAAAAGAAAAGGUACCUCUUCCGUUCGUUCAAAUCAACGAAAUUCUUCCAAACAACAACACUGGAUUGGGUGGAAGCAGGCUUGCAAGUGUGCAGGCAAGGUUACAACAUGCUCAACCUGCUGAUCCAUAGAAAGAAUCUGAACUACCUUCAUUUGGAUUAUAAUUUCAACUUGAAACCAGUGAAGACACUCACUACUAAAGAGAGAAAGAAGUCCCGUUUUGGUAAUGCAUUCCACUUGUGCAGAGAGAUUCUCCGCUUGACCAAACUCAUUGUGGACUCGCACGUCCAAUACAGACUGAACAACGUAGACUCGUUCCAACUGGCCGAUGGUCUGCAGUACAUAUUUGCCCACGUGGGCCAGCUCACUGGGAUGUAUCGUUACAAGUAUAAGCUCAUGAGGCAGAUCAGAAUGUGCAAGGACUUGAAACAUCUGAUUUAUUAUCGGUUUAAUACGGGGCCGGUAUCCAAAGGCCCUGGAUGUGGGUUCUGGGCUCCAGGAUGGCGCGUGUGGCUAUUCUUCAUGCGCGGAAUUACGCCCCUACUGGAAAGGUGGCUUGGAAACCUACUGUCCAGGCAGUUUGAAGGACGACAUUCCAAAGGUGUUGCAAAAACUGUAACAAAGCAGCGCGUCGAGUCUCACUUCGACCUGGAGUUGCGCGCUUCAGUGAUGCACGACAUAGUGGACAUGAUGCCUGAGGGUAUCAAGCAGAACAAGGCGAGGACCAUCCUGCAGCAUCUCUCCGAGGCAUGGCGGUGCUGGAAAGCCAACAUACCGUGGAAGGUACCAGGCCUGCCGACGCCAAUAGAGAACAUGAUCCUCCGGUACGUGAAGAUGAAGGCGGACUGGUGGACCAACACCGCGCACUACAACCGCGAGCGCAUCCGGCGCGGCGCCACCGUCGACAAGACCGUGUGCAAGAAGAACCUGGGACGUCUGACGCGACUGUACCUGAAGGCUGAACAGGAGCGGCAGCAUAACUAUCUCAAGGAUGGUCCAUACAUUUCACCCGAGGAAGCAGUAGCUAUCUACACAACGACCGUCCAUUGGCUGGAGUCCCGGCGCUUCGCCCCCAUACCGUUCCCACCGCUCUCCUACAAGCAUGACACCAAACUGCUGAUCCUCGCGUUGGAGAGGCUAAAGGAGGCCUACAGUGUCAAGUCCAGGCUCAAUCAGAGCCAGAGGGAAGAGUUGGGCCUCAUCGAACAGGCUUAUGACAAUCCUCACGAGGCCUUGUCGAGGAUUAAACGUCAUUUACUCACGCAGAGGACCUUUAGAGAGGUGGGUAUAGAGUUCAUGGACUUGUACUCGCACUUGGUGCCCGUGUACGACGUGGAGCCGCUGGAGAAGAUAACGGACGCGUACCUCGACCAGUACCUGUGGUACGAGGCGGACAAGCGGCGCCUGUUGCCGCCGUGGGUGAAGCCAGCCGACACCGAACCCUCUCCACUGCUCGUCUACAAGUGGUGUCAGGGCAUCAACAAUUUGCAAGACGUAUGGGAGGUCGGCGAGGGUGAAUGCAACGUUCUAUUGGAGUCGCGCUUUGAGAAACUGUACGAAAAGAUCGACCUGACGCUACUCAACCGACUGCUGCGUCUGAUCGUCGACCACAACAUCGCUGACUACAUGACUGCCAAGAACAAUGUUGUCAUCAAUUACAAGGACAUGAACCACACUAACUCGUACGGUAUAAUACGCGGCCUCCAGUUCGCGUCGUUCAUAGUGCAGUACUACGGGCUGGUGUUGGACCUGCUAGUGCUGGGCCUGCAGAGAGCCAGCGAGAUGGCCGGCCCACCGCAGCUGCCCAACGACUUCCUCUCGUACCAGGACAGGGCGGCGGAGCAGGCGCACCCUAUACGACUGUACUGUAGAUACGUCGACAGGAUACACAUUUUCUUCAAGUUUUCCGCAGAAGAAGCCAGAGAUCUGAUCCAGAGAUAUUUAACGGAGCACCCUGAUCCGAACAACGAGAACAUAGUUGGUUACAACAACAAGAAGUGCUGGCCGAGGGAUGCACGAAUGAGGCUCAUGAAGCAUGAUGUCAAUUUAGGUCGCGCAGUUUUCUGGGAUAUCAAGAACCGACUUCCGCGGUCAGUGACCACUAUCCAGUGGGAGAACAGCUUUGUGUCCGUCUACUCCAAGGACAACCCUAACCUCCUGUUCAAUAUGGCGGGCUUCGAAUGCAGGAUAUUGCCUAAGUGCCGGAGCCAACACGAAGAGCUAUCACAUCGCGACGGCGUGUGGAACCUGCAGAACGAGGUGACGAAGGAGCGCACCGCGCAGUGCUACCUGCGCGUGGAUGACGAGUCACUGGCCAGGUUCCACAACAGGGUGCGCCAGAUACUGAUGGCGUCCGGCUCUACCACCUUCACGAAGAUUGUCAACAAGUGGAACACUGCACUCAUUGGUCUAAUGACGUACUUCCGCGAGGCCGUGGUCAACACGCAGGAGCUAUUGGACCUGCUCGUUAAAUGCGAGAACAAAAUCCAAACGCGCAUCAAGAUCGGUCUCAACUCCAAGAUGCCCUCGCGUUUCCCGCCCGUCGUGUUCUACACGCCCAAGGAGCUGGGCGGUCUUGGCAUGCUGUCUAUGGGACAUGUGCUGAUUCCACAGUCUGAUCUCCGCUGGUCAAAACAAACGGACGUGGGCAUCACCCACUUCCGCUCGGGCAUGUCGCACGACGAGGACCAGCUGAUCCCCAACUUGUACCGCUACAUCCAGCCGUGGGAGGCCGAGUUCGUGGACUCGCAGAGGGUGUGGGCCGAGUACGCGCUCAAGAGGCAGGAGGCCAACGCUCAGAACAGGCGUUUGACAUUAGAAGAUCUGGAAGAUUCGUGGGACAGGGGAAUACCGAGAAUCAACACACUGUUCCAAAAAGAUAGACACACACUCGCUUAUGACAAGGGAUGGCGUAUACGUACCGAGUUCAAGCAAUAUCAGGUGUUAAAACAGAACCCGUUCUGGUGGACGCACCAGCGGCACGACGGCAAGCUGUGGAACCUCAACAACUACCGCACCGACAUGAUACAGGCGCUCGGCGGCGUGGAGGGCAUCCUGGAGCACACGCUGUUCAAGGGCACCUACUUCCCCACGUGGGAGGGACUCUUCUGGGAAAAAGCCUCAGGCUUCGAAGAGUCCAUGAAAUAUAAGAAGCUCACUAACGCGCAGCGGUCUGGUCUCAACCAAAUACCUAACCGUCGUUUCACUCUCUGGUGGUCACCUACUAUCAACCGUGCCAAUGUCUACGUGGGCUUCCAGGUACAACUGGACUUGACGGGUAUAUUCAUGCACGGCAAGAUCCCCACACUCAAGAUCUCUCUCAUCCAGAUCUUCAGGGCUCACUUGUGGCAGAAAGUCCACGAGUCCAUUGUUAUGGACUUGUGUCAGGUAUUUGAUCAAGAACUGGACGCCCUCGAGAUAGAGACGGUCCAGAAGGAAACAAUCCAUCCGCGUAAAUCAUACAAGAUGAACUCGUCCUGCGCUGACAUACUUCUGUUCUCGGCUUACAAGUGGAAUGUGUCGCGACCAUCCUUACUGGCUGAUACCAAAGAUACAAUGGACAAUACAACUACACAGAAGUACUGGCUCGACAUCCAGCUCCGGUGGGGCGACUACGACUCGCACGACGUGGAGCGUUACGCGCGCGCCAAGUUCCUCGACUACACCACAGACAACAUGUCCAUAUACCCGUCGCCCACUGGAUUGCUUAUAGCCAUCGAUCUGGCAUACAAUUUGCACAGUGCUUACGGCAACUGGUUCCCGGGUUGCAAGCCGCUCAUCCAGCAGGCGAUGGCGAAGAUAAUGAAGGCCAACCCGGCGCUGUACGUGCUGCGCGAGCGUAUACGCAAGGCGCUGCAACUGUACUCUUCGGAGCCCACUGAGCCGUACCUCUCCAGCCAGAACUAUGGAGAACUGUUCUCCAAUCAGAUCAUUUGGUUCGUUGAUGACACAAACGUGUACCGUGUGACAAUCCACAAAACGUUUGAGGGCAACUUGACCACGAAGCCCAUAAACGGCGCCAUCUUUAUAUUCAACCCGCGCACGGGGCAACUGUUCUUGAAGAUCAUUCAUACAAGUGUAUGGGCCGGACAGAAACGUCUUGGACAGCUCGCUAAGUGGAAGACUGCAGAAGAAGUAGCGGCUCUCAUUCGUUCUCUGCCUGUUGAAGAACAGCCCAAACAGAUCAUCGUCACGAGAAAAGGAAUGUUGGAUCCUCUUGAGGUCCAUUUGCUAGACUUCCCGAACAUCGUGAUCAAGGGGUCCGAGUUGCAGCUGCCCUUCCAAGCGUGUCUCAAGGUGGAGAAGUUUGGUGAUCUUAUCCUGAAGGCGACUGAGCCGCAGAUGGUGCUGUUCAACUUGUACGACGACUGGCUGAAGACCAUCUCAUCUUACACUGCAUUCAGCAGACUGAUCCUGAUACUGCGAGCGCUCCACGUGAACACAGAACGGACCAAAGUCCUGCUGAAGCCCGACAAGACCACACUAACAGAGCCCCAUCACAUCUGGCCUACGCUCACUGAUGAUGACUGGAUCAAGGUUGAGGUGCAGCUUAAAGACCUCAUUUUGGCUGAUUAUGGCAAGAAGAACAACGUAAACGUGGCAUCUCUGACGCAAUCGGAGAUCCGCGACAUCAUCCUCGGCAUGGAGAUCUCCGCGCCGUCCGCGCAGCGCCAGCAGAUCGCGGAGAUCGAGAAGCAGAGCAAGGAGCAGAGCCAGCUCACCGCCACCACCACGCGCACCGUCAACAAGCACGGCGACGAGAUCAUCACGUCCACCACCAGCAACUACGAGUCGCAGACCUUCAGCUCUAAAACAGAGUGGCGCGUUCGUGCAAUAUCCGCCACGAACCUGCACCUGCGGACCAACCACAUCUACGUGAGCUCCGACGACAUCAAGGAGAGUGGCUACACGUACAUCUUGCCCAAGAAUUUGCUCAAGAAGUUCGUCACCAUAUCGGAUUUGAGAGCACAGAUCGCGUGCUACCUGUACGGCACGUCGCCGGCCGACAACCCGCAGGUGCGCGAGGUGCACUGCGCCGUGCUGCCGCCGCAGUGGGGCACGCACCAGACGGUGCACCUGCCGCGCCAGCUGCCCAAGCACCCCGCGCUGGCGCACCUGCAGCCGCUGGGCUGGAUGCACACGCAGCCCAACGAGUUGCCGCAGCUCUCGCCGCAGGACAUAACGACCCACGCCAAAGUAAUGGCUGAAAAUCCGACAUGGGAUGGCGAGAAGACGAUCAUCAUCACGUGUUCCUUCACUCCCGGUUCUUGCUCGCUCACCGCGUACAAGCUCACCCCCAGCGGGUACGAGUGGGGCGCCAAGAACACGGACAAGGGCAACAACCCCAAGGGCUACCUGCCCAGCCACUACGAGAGGGUGCAGAUGUUGCUGUCUGAUCGUUUCUUGGGUUACUUCAUGGUGCCUUCGCAGGGCAGUUGGAAUUAUAACUUCAUGGGUGUCCGCCACGAUCCCAACAUGAAGUACGGCGUGCAACUGGGCAACCCGCGCGAGUUCUAUCACGAAGUGCACCGACCCGCGCAUUUCAUGAACUUCGCGGCGAUGGAGGACGCGACCGCCCCCACCCUCGCGGCUGAUAGAGAAGACCACUUCGCUUAGAACUAACUAUACAUUUUUAACUAUUUACUGUUAAGUGAAUUAUUAACCAGUUUUUAUAUUUUUGAAUAGUGCUAGCCAGUUUGUGUCGGCAAUUCAAUUAUGUAUAUGGAAACUGUAAAUAAAUAAGGAUAAAUUGAA